CUUGAUCUUUUAUUUUCAGGAAAAUCAUCAAGUUGUUUGACUAACUUACAUUAUAAAUUUAUUACAGAACCAAAAUGACGAGAUACGCUACAGAACCAGAGAACCCUUCUAAAUCGGCUAAAGCCAAGGGUUCCUACCUCAGGGUCCACUUCAAGAACACACGAGAGACUGCAGCAGCUAUCAAGCAUAUGCAUGUUAAACGUGCCACUCGUUACUUGAAGAAUGUCAUGGCAAAGAAAGAAGUCGUUCCUUUCACACAUUUUAACGGAGCUGUUGGCAGAAAAGCACAGGCCAAGGCAUGGGGAGUUACACAGGGUCGUUGGCCAAAGAAAAGUGCCGAGUUUCUUCUACAGCUGUUGAAAAAUGCUGAGAGCAAUGCCGAAUUCAAGGGUCUUGACACAGAUCAUCUGGUCAUUGAACACAUUAUGGUAAAUGCUGCUCCAAAAAUGAGAAGAAGAACAUACAGAGCUCAUGGAAGAAUUAAUCCUUAUAUGAGCAGUCCAUGCCACAUUGAGUUGAUCCUGGCUGAGCGUGAGCAGGCCGUACCUCGACCAGUGGGUGGUGAAGAUGAACCAGUUAAAAAGAAGGUCUCACAAAAGAAGUUGAAGCGACAGAAGAUGAUGAUGAGAGAAUAAACCAUGCAUUGCCCUGUACAGUCAAUACAAAUAAAGAAAAAAAACAUG